AUGCACCUGUUCGCUGUGCUGCUACUUUGCCUGAGUUGCUGCUGCUGCUUCAUUUCCGGCCUUAAGUGCCGAUCCCAGGAGGGAGUGGGCGAGGCGGAGAUCAAAAGGACGAUACGCGGAUGCAUGCAUCGGCAGGACGACAACGAGGAUCGUGGACGAGGAGGGCAGAGCAGACCAGGGAGCGACGGCUAUGGAUUCGAUUACGAGAGGGAUCAGGAUGAGGAGCAGGAAAGGGAUCGAAGUCAAGGCGGCAGGGUCAUCUACAGCAACCGAAGGCCAAGAGGACUAAGGCAGCCUGAGAGCAGAAACAACACUGGCAGCGAUGGAGGUCAGUGUGUGGCCCAGUGCUUUUUCGAGGAGAUGAAUAUGGUGGACGGCAAUGGGAUGCCCGACCGGCGCAAGGUGAGCUAUCUGCUGACCAAGGACAUUCGGGAGCGGGAGCUGCGCAACUUCUUCACGGACACCGUGCAACAGUGCUUCCGGUAUUUGGAGAGCAGCGGAAGGGGUCGGCACAACAAGUGCUCGGUGUCCCGGGACCUGGUCAAAUGCAUGUCGGAGUACGCGAAGGCCCAAUGCGAGGAUUGGCAGGAGCACGGCAACAUGCUCUUCACUUAAACUUACCCCACUUUUUAGAUCUUCGCAGCGAUCCAGGAAACGCUCGUGGUUGUCCCGGAUCCCGCCAUCGGUGUUCUCCUCUAGCUGGUAGAAGACGCACUCCAGUUGCUGCUGCUUCUGGGCAUGCAUCUCCUUGAAUCCUGCGGAG